UUAGUAGCUGCUGGGAGGGAACCCCUUCAGUUCUUCUGGAUUGGUAUGAUCCAUGCAAAUAACUCCUACAAUGGAAAGUGAGAAAGAGUCAUUCUUGUUUUGACUGAACAGGGGAAAACAGCUGAGACAGUUUCACCAGCUGAUAGUCUGGACAAAAAAGAGAUCUAUAAAUGGUCCUCCGAAUCCCCCUUCGCAGGAGUGCCAGCUUCACCCCUGACCACCAGCCUGUGGUGGAGGUCUCCACUCCUACCCCUGUGAAAAUGGAAGCCAAUGUGGUGGUCCUCGGAGCGGACAGUGUAGGAAAGUCAGCUCUGACGGUGCGUUUCCUUACAAGGCGGUUUAUUGGGGAAUAUGGAGACAUGGAGUCUAUCUACACUCACACUUUGGCAGUAGAAGGCAAAGAGAUUCUUUUCCACAUCUGGGACUUUCCUUGCUCACAGGAGAAGUCAGAGGAGAGCUCAUCUAAGGACAAGCGCAUCCAAUGGGCUGAUGGCUUUGUCUUGGUCUAUAGCAUCUGUGACCGUGCUAGCUUCAACAGUGUGCAGCCCAAAGUCCAGUUCAUCAAAGCCACCAAGGAAGGCCCAACCCAGGAGAAAUUGCCCAUCGUUAUUGUGGGCAACAAGCGAGAUCUACACCAUCACCGGGUGGUUUCCAGUGAAGAGGGCCGUCUCCUGGCCCUCUCCAUGGAUUGUGAGUUCUAUGAGGUAUCAGCAGCAGAAGCCUAUCAUGGGGCUCUCAUGGUCUUCCAUGGUUUAGCAGAACGCAUAUGUGAGGCCAAGCUGGCCCUGAAGAAAGGCACAGGAAUCCGUAAUAUUGUCAAGAGUGUAUCUGCUGUGUUUGCUCGGAAAAGAACAGACUCAAUGUGAGAAGAGCUAACAAUCUGGGAACGCUAUGGAAGAACAUCCAUUUUUCUCUUGGUUGGGCACAGUGGAUCAUAGAUUUUGCUGAUAGAAAGUAGAGUGGUCCUCCUCAUUCUGCUAAUCCUGAAGGAGAAACAGUCCAGGAAGGUGGUAUAUAUGGUUGCCCCAGUGUUCAAAUUCAAGAAGAAUGAGGCUAUCGAAGGAAAUGGCUAUUCCUGUCUCCCUGUACUAAAACACCAAGACAAAAGGAUUUGCUCGAGAGAAAGUGAACAUCUUGCCCAAGUCCACCUUGUAAGUUGGAAUUGGAAUUUGGGGAUCCCUUAUUAAUGUGGUACUAGUGCAACAGCCAGCACUGUACUGUACUCAGUU